GAGUGGACGGAGAGCCAAGAAUCGUCGGAAGAGAUAACUUUUACUUGUGAAGUUUAUGAUAACGGCCAACCGUUCUUGGGAGGAUGCAUGUGGCAGUUAAAACUUACAACUGAGCAAACGACCAACGACGAUGAAUUGGCGUGGAAGCCCCAAAUUGUGAGAUGCACUCGUGGAACUACAGCGCCAACAUGCCCUCCAUUCACCAGAUGCCAAGAUGAAGCAUGCACGAUGUGCGAGGGUACAGUGUUCGGGAAGAAGAAGCGCAAACACAGUGUUAAACGCUCCUUUUGGAAAAUGGUGUCGAAAACACACAAGUGA